AUGUCCAAUAAAAAUUACACUAUGAUUCAUUACCAUAUCCCUUAAGAUUUGGAUGAUCCCGAAUAACCCAACGCUUACACACUUCAGUUAAAUAUCAAAGAUAUCACAUACACAGAUAUUCUAAAGACAUUCCCAAUCAAGGGAUAAUUCGAUUUCAAAUUCCUAUAUCAACAUCAAAAAGAAAACUUUUGGCUUGACAUCAAAUCUAAUGCCACUCCUUUGCCAAUAGUGAAUAAACAUAUUCAUAUAAGAGCUGAGCGUGUUUAAAAACCAUAAGAAACUCAACCAAUAUAAAUUGUUUAGCCAUUACAGCAAAGCCAGCCUACAUUAUAAUAAUAGAAUGAUUUAAUGUAAUUUUGAAGAAUAGAUGCAUUGUAUAUUCUCAAAUUUAAAUCAUUAAUAUUUUAUUUCUAAA